AUGGCUCUUCAUCUUCCCCAGGCUGCUUCUCUCCCUUUUGGCUCUCUCACUAAAAUGCUUCCUCUGAAUAAAACAUCCUCUUCUGUUUCAGCCAUAUCCAAAAGCUUCAAUGCUACUACUUCUCUUAAAAUCCAAUGCAAGGCCCCAUCAGUUAUUGUUUCUGAUCAAAGCCAGCAAGUUUCUCGUCGAUCUGGAGACUUCAAGCCUGAUGUUUGGCACUACGACUAUAUUAAGUCAUUGGACAAUAAUUAUAAGGAACAUGCAUAUGAAGAAGAAAGCAGAAUGCUUAGGGCUGAAGUUAGGGUAUUUCUUUCAGACACAGUGAAUCCUCUGCAACAACUUGAGCUUAUUGACACCUUACAAAGGCUUGGACUAGCUUAUCAUUUCAAGAGUGAAAUAAACAAAAUGCUGGAAAAUAUUUACAGCGUGGACAAGUUCAAGAACAAGCAGAAUCUGCAUGCCACAGCUCUUGAAUUUCGACUCUCAAGGCAACAUGGCUAUGAUAUACCUACAGUUCUUAAAUUACUUGAACUAUUUGCUGCUGCAGAUGUGUUUGAUAGCUUUAUAAACGAUGAGGACGAAACUAUUUUGGAAAAAGCUACAGAUUUUACCUCAAAGUCUCUUAGAGAUUUUAUGAGCAGGAACCCUGGACAUGAACUGACAUCCCAAGUGAAACAUGCUAUGGAGGUUCCAUUACAUUGGAGGCUACCAAGAUGGGAGGCUCGUUGGUUCAUUAGUGAAUAUGAAAGAAUGCCUAAUAUGAAUUCCAACUUGCUUCAGCUUGCCAAAUUGGAUUAUAACAUGCUUCAAGCCAUGUAUCAGGAGGAAGUGAAGUCCAAUAUAAGAUGGUGGGAGAGAACUGGUCUGGAAGAGAAGAUCAAUUUUUACAGGUGUAGGGUGGUGGACAACUAUCUCUGGGGCUUAGGAAUGAAGGAAGAACCACAUGUUGAAAAGUUAAGAAGAGUUAUUGGAAAUCUUUGCGCCAUAAUAACCUUGACCGAUGAUAUGUAUGAUGUUCAUGGGACUUUGGACGAAUUAGAGCUCUUCACAGAAGCUAUUCUCAGUGGCAAGAUUUCUGUAAGGCAUUUAGGGUUGAGGCCAGAUGGUACCAUGGUGGAAAAACGCCAAGCCUGA